GUCAAAGCCUCCCUCUAUGCUCUUUCUCUCUCUAAACCUUCGUCUCUCUAUAUCUAUGCACAUAGGCAUACAUCGAUACGUACACAAAACGCAUGUAUCUAUAACAUUUCGUUAAAUUUCGAUUCGCACUCCCAAUUUUAAUCCCUAGAUUUCUCCAAUUUCAAUUUGAAUCUCAAUACCUCUUUUUCCAUACCUCAAUUGUCUCACUCUAAUAGUUAAUUUAAGUUUUCCUGCGAAAAACCCUAGCUUUCCCUUUUUUGCUUCAGAGCCCUUCUAUUGAACCCUAGACUAAAUCUUUGACAACUGAACUUCGCAAUCGCAACUCAUUGUCUGUACAGAUUGGGUAAAUCUUGUGCUUUUUUUUUUCAGAUUGACUUGCUUAUGCUCUAUUGUGGCUCAAUGCUGGAGGCAGCAUGCAGAUAAUAUUUUGGAGAGAUGCAAAGGUAUCAUGCUGGCAGCUGCACUAGUGCAGUUAAUAACGGUUCAAUUGGUGGGAUACCAGCUAGGGAUACAUCCCGAGCAGAGUCAUCUGUUGUUCCACCACCUGCCAACUUCUCUCUAAACUCGAGGCGGUCAUCACAGCUGACAACAUACAAGUUGAGGUGUGAUAAAGAAUCGUUGAAUUCCCGACUUGGGCCCCCUGACUUUCAUCCGCAGACUCCCAAUUGUCCCGAAGAGACACUUACCAGGGAGUAUGUGCAAUCUGGUUACAGGGAGACAGUUGAAGGGCUUGAGGAAGCUAGAGAGAUUACAUUAUCACAAGUUCAGACUUUCACAAAACCUGUCAUCGUCAAUUGCAAAGAGGCAAUAAGAAAACGUCAUAGAGCCAUCAACGAGUCUCGUGCUCAAAAGCGCAAGGUGUUUCAUUUCUUCCACUUUCCAUUUGAUAAGAGGAAAAUCAUUUAUGUUUCUUUUGACAUUGAUAUGCAAGGAAACCCAUGGGGUCUGGCAUUUGAUGUUUCUUUUGUUAUCAUGGUUGGAUGUGCACUUAAAGUUCUUAACACCUGCCCCCACCCCCAAAUGGGGAAAAAGACACAUGUAUGGAGAUACUUUUAUAUGUCUUUCUAUUCCCCUAACAACAGAUUAUUAGAACAUAUUUGUGCUCCUAUUCAGGGUUUAUCACAACAACAUAAAAGAUUAUGUUCAUUGGCGGACCAUGCUCCUCACGGUUACAGGAGGAAAUCUCUUUUCGAAGUUCUAAUCAGAAACAAUGUUCCAUUAGUGAGAGCAGCAUGGUUUAUCAAAGUAACAUAUCUUAAUCAGGUUCGCCCAGGCUCAUCCAGCUCGUCAUCAGGGGCACAUGACAAAACUCAGUUUUCGCGGUCGGAGCUGUGGACUAAAGAUAUUAUUGAUUACUUGCAGUAUCUCUUGGAUGAAUUUGUUAUAAGAAACAAUUCUCGUUCGAGUUUGCAUAUUCGUGAUCGAUCAUCCCAAAUGGUUUAUGCUGGUUCAAUGUUGGCAAAAGGUGAUCAACUUUCAGCUGCCACUGAUGGUGAGGGGCCCUCUCCAUACUUCAAGUGGUGGUAUGUGGUUCGGAUUAUUCAGUGGCAACAUGCUGAAGGACUGCUCAUUCCUUCUCUCAUUAUUGAAUGGUUUCUUAGUCAACUGCAGGAAAAAGAAUUGGCCAGUGUUCUGCAGUUGCUGUUGCCCAUCAUAUAUGGUUUUAUAGAAACUGCUGUAUUAUGUCAGACCUAUGUGCGAACUCUGGUGGGAAUAGCUGUUCGUUUCAUCAAAGAACCUUCUCCUGGUGGUUCUGAUCUCGUUGAUAAUUCUCGCCGGGCUUAUACUACUACUGCUCUUGUUGAGAUGCUUCGAUAUUUAAUUCAGGCCGUACCUGAUACUUUUGUUGCUUUAGAUUGUUUUCCUCUGCCCACAUGUGUGGUGACUCAUUUGGUAAAUGAUGGAAGUUCUUUAUCAAAAACAUCUGAGGAUGCAAGGAAGAAGGGUGGUCCACCAGAAGUUACUGGUGUGCUUAGAGAUAAAAUACAUGAAAUUCAAAUUGAGUCAUUAGCCAUCGAUCGAGCUGUUUCAUCGAUCCAAAAACGUACUGAGACUCUUGCUAGGGCAGCCAAACCUGAUCAUCGCGGUCAUAGCGUAGCUAAAGCCUCUCAGGUAUUGGAUAAAGUUCUUGUGCAUGGAGAUAUUAGAGUUGCUUACCAAUUACUCUAUGGAUACCUUUGGGAUGGAACUGUUGCUGAAUGUUGGAUCGCUGAAGUGAGCCCUGGUUUGCGUUCAUCUCUUAAGCAUAUUGGCAGAGUGACUUCAUCAUUAAUUUGCUCCACGUUUUUCAUUUGUGAGUGGGCAGCUUGUGAUUUUAGAGAUUUUCGUACUGUGCGUCCCCAUGGCAUGCAGUUUACUGGCACAAAAGACUUCUCUCAGAUAUACAUAGCAAUGAGGCUUUUAAAACAGAAGAUGGGCGAUAUGCAAAAUUUGAACAGUUUGAAACGGAAACAUAAAGAUUCUUCGGAUACUUUUGAGAGCCCAAGCCCGUUGCAUGAUAUUAUCGUGUGUUGGAUUGAUCAACAUGAAGUGCAUAAUAGAGAAGGUUUCAAGCGCCUUCAGCUUCUAGUAAGAGAAUUCGUACGAGCUGGAAUUUUUCAUCCCCAGGUGUAUGUGAGACAGCUAAUCGUUAGUGGGAUCAUGGAUGGGCAUGGGUCUAUGUCUGACCUGGAGAAGCGGAAGAGGCACCACAGAAUCUUGAAGCAGUUGCAUGGUCCAUAUGUUUUCAAUCUUAUGGAAGAAGCACAAAUUAUUGAACCAUCAGUUGUUACAGAGGUGAUGAAUGUUUACUCAAAUGAACGUCGGUUAGUGCUUCGUGGGCUCCUAGAUCACAGUAGAAGUCCUGGUAGAAAAAGUUCAAAUCAGAAACUAAAGCGUCAUCCCAGUUCUGGAGGUGGAAGUGCAGAUCAGUGGUCUAUUCACUCAACAUCCAACUUACAGUCCAAAUAUGUUGAUGCUGAUAUUGAGAUUGAAGAACUAAAGGCUUCAAUAACUGCCCUGUUGCAAUUUCCAAGUGAUAUAUUGCCAAUGGAUACUGGACUUGACGAGUCGCAAGGGAGUGCUAAGAGGUCUAAUGGGGCUAAUAACAGGGUAGAUUUAAGUGAAGAAACACCUGGAUGUGAAGAAUGCAGAAGUGUGAAGCGACAAAGAUUAAGUGAAGAACGAAUCUUUGACCUGAAGCUAAUUCCAACAGAUGAAGAAGAAACUUGGUGGGUAAGAAAGGGGAUGAAAUCCAUGGAAUCUUUUAAGGGAGAUCCACCUCCCAAGCCAGCCAAGCUGCAGGGGUCAAGGGGUAGGCAAAAAACUGGCAGAAAGACUCAAAGCCUUGCACAAUUAGCUGCUGCCAGGAUUGAAGGUAGCCAGGGAGCAUCGACAAGCCAUGUAUGUGAAAGCAGGAUAGGCUGUCCACAUCAUAGGACUGGUUUUGAAGAUGCUGCUAAAUCAAUGGAUGGGAUCAGAACUUCCCACUCUGGAGAUGUUAUUUCAAUUGGAAAACUAAUAAAGCAGAUGCAGAAUGGUGAGAAGAGGAAAGUAACUGUGUGGAUGAUAUCUGUUGUAAAGCAGCUCGUUGAAGAGGCUGAAAAGACUACUGCCAAGGUUGGCCAAUAUGGUAGGCCUUUCCCAGCUGUUGAUGAUCGGAGCUCUGUUCCUUGGAAGCUCGGUGAAGAUGAACUGUCAUCAAUUUUGUAUUUGAUGGAUAUUUGUAAUGAAUUGAUUCCAGCAAUCAAGUUUCUUCUCUGGUUGUUGCCAAAGGUCCUUAGCAGCCCUGGCUCUAGCUUCCACAGUGGUAGGAAUAUUCCGAUGCUUCCCAGGAAUGCAGAGAACUAUGCAUGCGAUGUAGAAGAGGCAUUUCUUUUAUCAUCUAUACGAAGGUAUGAAAAUGUGAUUGUUGCAGCUGAUCUUAUUCCUGAAACCUUGUCUGCCUCAAUGCAUCGGACAGCCACUGUCAUGACAUCUAAUGGCCGAGUUUCCAGUUCACCAGCCUUUGUUUAUGCUCGUUACCUCUUAAAGAAGUAUAGCAAUGUGGCUAGUGUUAUUGAAUGGGAAAAGACUUUCAAGUCUACUUGUGAUAAGAGACUUAGUUCUGAGCUUGAAUCUGGUAGAUCUGUAGAAGGGGAUUAUGGCUUUCCCCUUGGAGCCCCAGCUGGAGUGGAAGAUCUUGAUGAUUACUUCCGUCAAAAGAUAAAUGGAGGUAGAGUAUCUAGAGUUGGUUUGAGCAUGAAAGAUAUAGUGCAAAGACACAUGGAUGAAGCUUUCAAUUAUUUUCAUAACAAAGAGAAGAAGCUUUUUGGACCUGGUAUGAAUAAAAAUCCUAGCAUGGAAAAGCGAGAUGAUGGCUAUCGGAUAGCUCAAAAAAUAGUAAUUGGAUUGAUGGACUGCAUGAGACAAACUGGUGGUGCUGCUCAGGAAGGUGAUCCUUCUUUGGUGUCUUCUGCUAUUGCUGCAAUUAUUAAUAAUCUUGGACUUGUUAUAGCAAAAAUUCCUGAUUUCACCACGGUCAAUCACUUAAAUAGCCCAUCACCUUCUGGGUCAUUGCAAUUUGCUCGACGCAUUUUACGCAUUCAUAUCACUUGCUUAUGCAUAUUAAAGGAAGCACUUGGAGAGCGUCACAGUCGUGUCUUUGACGUUGCUCUUGCAGCGGAAGCUUCUUCUGCUCUUAUGCAAGCUUCUGCCCCAGGAAAGGCUCCGCGUAGUCAGUUUCACCUGUCUUCUGAUUCUCACGAUUCUAAUGCAAAUUCACCAAAUGAAUUUCUAAACCAUUCCACUAAACCAGUUAUUGGAAGGGCUGCAAAAAUAACAGCAGCUGUUGCUGCACUUGUGAUCGGGGCUAUUCUUCAGGGAGUUGCAAGCCUGGAGAGAAUGGUUAUUCUCUUUAGAUUGAAGGAAGGGCUUGAUCUAAUUCAGUUUGCAAGGAGUGUGAAAUCUACCGCAAAUGGAAAUGCACGUUCUAUGGGGUAUUCAAAACUGGAUAAUUUAAUUGAAGUUUCUGUGAUCUGGUUUAGAGUGCUUGUGGGGAAUUGCAGGACAAUUUCUGAUGGAUUCAUUGUGGACCUCCUAGGUGAAGCUUCAAUUGUAGCUCUAUCUAGAAUGCAGCGGUCACUACCUUUGAAUUUGGUCUUUCCGCCUGCUUAUUCCAUAUUUGCAUUUGUGAUAUGGAGGCCAUUCAUUCUUAAUGCUAGCAGCGGACAACGUGAAGAUAUCCAUCAAUUGUAUCAAUCCAUGGCAUUAGGCAUUGGUGAUGCCAUAAAGCACCUGCCUUUUCGUGAAAUAUGUCUAAGAGACACUCAUGGUUUUUAUGAUCUUGUAGCAGCAGAUACUCUUGAUUAUGAAUUUGCAUCUAUAGUAGAAUCUACCACUUUAGACACCAAUUUGAAAGCCUCGGCGUUUGUCCCUCUUCGUGCUAGACUAUUUCUAGAAGCCCUUAUUGAUUGUAGAAUGCCACAGCCAAUGUUCAAGCAGGACGAUGGUAAUUGGACAUUCAGUCUAGGGGAGUCAAAAAGCCAACGUGCAGACAAUGUGAAAAAGCUUCUGGAUAAGCUUGUACAUGUUCUAGAUACUUUGCAACCUGCUAGGUUUCAUUGGCAGUGGGUUGAACUCAGGCUUAUCCUAAAUGAACAGGCUAUCAUUGAAAAGAUGGAGAACCCUGAUAUUUCCUUAAUUGAGGCUAUAAGAUCUCUCUCGCCAAAUCCUGAUAACAUUUCUGAUAAUGAAAGCAACUUCAUUCAGAUUAUUCUCACCAGGUUAUUAGUCAGGCCUGAUGCUGCUCCUUUGUUCUCUGAGGCUGUACAUCUCUUGGGGAGGUCUCUUGAGGAUUCAAUGCUGUUACAAGCAAAAUGGUUGCUCAGAGGCCAGAAUGUACUUUAUGGCAGGAAAUCUAUUCGGCAGAAGAUUAUAAAUAUUGCUGAGCCCAAAAAGCUGUGUCUGAAGGCCCAAAACUGGAAGCCGUGGGGUUGGUGUCCUUCCAGUAUCAAUCCAGUUACAGAAAAGGGUGAUAAAUUGAAAUCUGAAGCAGCUGCCCUUGAAGAAGGCGAGGUAGUUGAUGAAGGGAGUGACUUUGGCCAUUCUUGGAAAGGAUCUGGUCAAGUUGUGGAUGUUGAGGGAUUCAUUGUCAGUCAGCAACAUGUGACUGAGAAAGCUCUGAUCGAACUAGUUCUUCCGUGCGUGGAUCGAGGUUCUGAUGAAUCACGAAGUAAUUUUGCAAGUGAAAUGAUCAAGCAGGUAAGUAAUAUCGAGCAGCAAAUAAACGCAGUUACUCGUGGAGCUGGUAAGCCAGCUGAAGCACCUGCUUCUGGGGUUGGAAGUCCUGCCAAUAAAAGUAACACCCGGAAGGGUGGGAAAGGUGGCAGUCCUGGAUUACCUAAACAAUCAACUGGAUCAACUGACACUGUGCCACCUUCUCCUCCAGCAUUGCGAGCCUCCAUCACUUUGCGACUGCAGUUCCUACUGAGAUUACUCCCUAUUAUUUGUGCAGACAGGGAGACUCCAGGCCGUAAUAUGAGAUAUACACUUGCUUCUGUGAUUUUACGCCUCCUUGGAAGCACUGUUGUGCAUGAAGAUGCCAAUCACAUUUUUAAUUCUACGUUGACUCCAUUGAAUUCUACAUUGACUCCAUUGAAGAGAGGGGUAGAGUCUCUCGUGGGGACUUCUACAGCUUCUGAACUUCCCUCAAUGGAAAGUCUUUUUGAUGAUCUAUUAUUGGUUUUCCAUGCACUGCUGAGCAACUGUCUGCCAAGCUGGCUGAAGCUGAAAUCCGAUUCCAAAUCCAUUGAAUAUGCUGUUUUUGAUCGUGAAGUGGCAGAACGCUUUCAGAAUGAUUUGAACCGUAUGGAAUUGCCCGAGACAAUUCGGUGGCGCAUCCAAACUGCGAUGCCAAUUCUUUUUCCCUCUCCCCGGUUGAUGAAUUCUUGCCAGCCUCCAUCGGUAUCACCUGCUGCCCUUGCUUUUCUUCAGCCCAGCAAUCCAAUGACAGCAUUAAACCCGCUCAAUUCGACUCUCCCUCCAAGGAAUCUACCUUUACCAUCACGCACAGGCACAAAUGUGAAAACCAAGGCACUCCAAUUGCAGCAUGACUUCGACAUGGAGAUUGACCCAUGGACCCUUUUGGAGGAUGGAGCCGGGUCAGGUCAGCCUUCAGUUAACUCUGCUCUUGUUGGCAGCAGUGAUCAUGCUAAUCUGAAGGCAUCCAGCUGGCUCAAGGGAGCCGUGAGAGUGAGGAGGACAGACCUCACGUACAUUGGGGCAGUAGACGAGGAAAAUUGAUUUAAACCAAACUUCAUUUUUGAAAUAUUGUCGAGAAAGAGUUGGACCCCUGCAGAAAUGUUCGGCUGUGGAAAUACCUUGCUAGGGCUGGCCAUGUGGCAGCAAAGGAUACUGCUGCAAGGUUCAUGCUUUGGGGAGCAUGUGUUGAUGAUGUAUGGUGAAUACAGUGUUUUCUUGCUGCCUCUGCUUGUGGGAUCCCCGAGCCCUGCUCUUUCCUAACCGUUGAUCAAUCCUUGUUUCUGGACCGUGAAAUUGGUUGGCGCAGUUCAGAGGUUGUAUAUAUAGAAGAAGUGUUUCCCUUCAAUUGAGCUGAGUAGAGUGUACAAGAAUGAUUUAUAGCUUCUUCUUUUUUUUUGUUUUCUCAUACUCAGCAAUGUUUUACAUCCUUAGAAACUGGAGUAUUAAGUUAUAUCUCAGGUGUGAACUCUAGCCUUUUAGAUGCACGUUAUGCUCUUUCAAAAUCAAUUUCAAAACCUCAAUUGGAAUUUUGGGCA